UACCUUCUCACCUCUUCUUUAAAGACCAUUGCUUCAACUCCCUCUGCUCCAAUAUUUAUUAUUACCCAAACCAUAAACCAAAUCUCUCCCGAACCACAAGAGGAAGAAGAAUAAGAAAAAGAACAUGAAGCUGCCUGCUUUGUUCAAGGCCAGAGAACCAACCUCCAAACAACCAUGGCAAUGGCCUUCAUGCAAGCACCCCAAAACCCUUUCUUUCCGAGCCGGAGACGACGUGUUCAAGACUGUAAACUCGAUGUUCUUUGACCCCAGCAGCGGCGGUGGUGGUGUCGAAACGCCCGAGUCAUGGUUCACGGACUCUUCUGAAUCGGCGAGUUUCUCCACCGAGUCGGAUCGAGGGGGAGAGUCGUUGGAAGUGGUGGUCCGUGGAGCUCGAUCCGAGAGGCUGUUCUUUGAGCCAGGCGGUGACACGAGCUCGAUCCUCGAAGAGGCUAAAACCGGUGAAGCAGCUUCGUUUCCAUUCGAGGAGAGUGUUGUUUUGGCGAUGGAAUCCGACGACCCGUACGUGGAUUUCCGGCGAUCGAUGGAGGAGAUGGUGGAUACGCAUGGGAUGAAAAAGUGGGAACAGUUGGAAGAGCUGCUGGGAUGGUAUUUGAAGGUCAAUGGGAAGAACAACCAUGGGUUUAUUAUUAGUGCUUUCAUUGAUCUGCUCUUGGCCAUUACUUCUUCUUCUUCUUCUUCCUCUGAUUCCACCUCUUAUUCUUCAGCUGUUUCUUCUUUCUCUCCAUCGUCUACUUUACGUUCAACUCAAGGAAAUCUUCACGAGCUCGAGGUAGAAGAUGAAGAUACUGUUUUGCGUUAAAAAUCUGAAAAAAAA